CGACGGCUUCGGACGAGAUGAAGGCGCUUCUGUUUCUCUGCGUGGUGGCUGCGGCAACGAGCCAGCACUAUGGACUGGUGGACUUGAGGUAUGGAGGCAGCGAAUACCACUUCUCCUGGCGCCACGACGGAGGCCGGAAGUACCCUUGGGGCGCCGCUAACAGCUAUUGCUCGAGUCUCGGCUACGGGUGGCAGGGCGUCAGCAUCGAGAGCUAUCAGGAAGACAAGCUCAUCUCCAGCAUCAUUGGGCAAGACCGAGUGAAGUACAUCUGGACAGGAGGUUUCCGCAACGGCUACCAGUGGUAUUGGCCCUCCGGUCUCCCCUUCUACGGUCUCAAUUGGUCCCACACUGGAGGCGACGGGUACCCUCAGCCCGACAACCGCGAGGACGGCCGCGAGUUCUGCCUGGCGGUCCUCAACAACUUCUACAACGACGGCAUCAAGUGGCAUGACGUCGCCUGCUACCACGAGAAGCCCAUCGUGUGCGAACGGCGCGUCGGCUUCUACGGCUGAGGGAGGCACCUGGCGACACCUGGCAGCUCCGCGUAAAUCAAAAUCAAUCAAGCGUAAACAAUGGAUUGAAUGACAUCACAUGUGUGCAGGAUGUGACAUACAUACAUUUUUUUUUGUAAUAUCAUAAAUUCAUAUACAAUAAAUUCCACCCUAAAAAUUUAA